AACGAACGCGAAACAACGACACCGAGCGUCGGGCGCACGCUGCUGUGUCAGCGCCACAAUCCAAUCCCGUGGCGGGGGGGCCAAGGCACGCGCGGGUGAUAGCCUUCCCAACCGUGCGAGCGCUUUGCGUAAGCAGCUGAGGCCUAGAUUAUUUUGCGGAGCGUACAGUGUCGACCAUGCAUGCGCCACACUUUCGUGGACCUGAUAUCGAUGAACGCGCUGAUAGGCCCCACGCAUCUGUGCUGGCGCGAUCAGUGGUGGAGUGGGCGAUUGCUGAGAUGGGGACUCGAGGGGGAGGAUGAUUGGGUGACAUAAUGGCGAUGACUGCGCGCGCGCGCUGCAGCGUCGUAUUAAUCCGUGCUUCCGCAGGCUGGGUAAACGUUGCUGGGGGGACACGUCGUCAAAAGGCUGGGGCGAGACGAAGAAGCAGCGGGGCGUGGGUAUAAGUAGAGCGGGCUGUUGCUGUGAUGGACAGAACAUCCUCUCCCACACCGCGUCCAUCCACCCACUCCCACCACUACUCAGAAAUGUCGAGCACGUACUCCGUCGUCAUCACCGGUGCUAACCAAGGCCUGGGCUACCACACGGUGCACCAGAUCGCACAGCAGCCGCACAAACUCGUGUUCAUGGGCGCGCGCCGGAUGCCUGCGGCCGAGGCCGCCAUCGCGCAGAUCGUCGCGGACGGCAUCCACCCGACGUCCGCCGUCGUCGCGGUCUACCUCGACCUCGCGAACGAGCAGUCCAUCGCCGACGCGGGCGUCGCCGUCGCCGCUGCGCUCAAGGAGCGCGGGCUCUCGGGGAUCGAUGCGCUGGUCAACAACGCCGCGAUGGCCGACGGCCCGCCCGCGCUCGUGUUCAGCACGAACAUCGCAGGCACGAUGGCGGUCAAGGCCGCGUUCCGCCCGCUGCUCAAGGCGGGCGGCACGAUCGUGAACGUGUCGUCCGCGCUCGGCUCGCAGGGCCUCAACGCCGCGCGCCCGAAGGUGCCGACGCGCACGCUCGAGACGUACGGCGCGAGCAAGGCCGCGCUGAACAACCUCACGCUGCAGUGGGCGUACGAGGAGGAGGAGAGCGGCUCCGGCGUGCGCGUCGUCGCGCUCGAUCCCGGUCUGACGACGACGACGAUGACGAGCACGCGCUCGUUCCUUGCUGGCCACGGGGAGUCCCCCGCGGUCGCGUGCAAGGUCAUGGUCGACGCCGCGUUGGCGACGGAGGGCAAGAGCGGCGUCUUCUUCGACAAGAACGGAACGAUUCCGUGGUAGUCCUGGCGCGCAGCCAUGGUAGCGCCUCGUUCUAUGCCAAUAGCUUUCCUGGUCACGUGGGCGCGUUAGCCACCAGUUUUGCUUGUACAUCAUCAGUAAUACCCUAUACCUACAAGAUAUUGAACAACACAGACGACCUCAUGCGAAGCCUGUUUCCACGACGAUCUUUCCGUACACUUGCGGUCCAUACGUCCAGGAACAAGCUUCGGGAAAUCCGCCGCCGCCACGCCCCGGAUGAACUCCACAUCCGGCCGGCGGCUGCAUGGCUAUCCGCAGCACCAGCUGCAGCCUGGUUCUUCGUGCUACGCGUGUAGAUUGACCUGCAGCCGCCUCAGCCACAACACGCCUUUGUUCAACAUUCAGUCGCUCCCGCACCAUCUGCGUGCUAAGUCUGAAUGCAGCCUGGGAGACAAUACCCUCUGCGUUCGGAUCGCGUCACCAGUGACUCCUCGUGCGCCGGGAAGGAAGGUCAGACCAGAGAGCGUAUCCAAGCAAGCAGAAAGAAACUACGGAAUUCAGGUGGACGAUCGUAGCUAUCCGCUCUCGCACUGCGAUCGUUCGAUUGUACGUCUUGAACCUACGCCUCAUCGAACGCGCCUUCCCUCCCCGCAUGGACUCAGUAUCGUGACCACCGCCUCCUCCUACUCGGCAGACCACGUUAGCUCGCCCGGAUCGAGCGCCACAACGCCCUAGUGAGUGAGUGAGUGCGGCUCGCUCUCCACAUGGGGUCGUGUCGUGACGCGCGAGAAGCCGGGAUUUGCGUCGCGUCGAGAUCAGUCCGGGAAGUGGGCUUUGGGGUGGCACGAUUACUGAGAGCACGAGGUCGUAAAAAGAAGAAUCGCGUCGAUGGUGCAUUUGGACUGGCAGAAUCGAAUACGUCUUGGGCACUGCCAUACAUCAAACAUGUUUUCGGAUAUUGCCGGUGUUCUUUCGGACAUUACCGAUGUUCUUUGGGGUCAUUGCCGAUGUCCCUUGAGCAAUCCCGACUUGAUGUAUAUGCCGAAAGUUCAAGCGCCUGAUCCACUGGUUCUGUCUACAAUGCUGGACGUCCAUAACACGCUCGUGUACCCAUCUGGCCGCAAUACGUGUCGCGACGUGUCCUGUGCGUGUCGACACGCAGUGACUCACAGCCCGCGCAGCUGCGUCCAUCUAUGUAAGCAUCCAAGCGGGACCACAAUCGGACUACUACACGGCUCCCGCUCUUGCUCUCCUAUGCGCCUGCACACACCCGCACUCCGCCCGGUGCGUCACAUCGUGUCCCGCAUGAUCCGGGUGGGCUGACCGCGCCCGCCAGGCCCUGCACCGCGCCCAGGCGCCCCCACGGAUGGCAGCGGAGCGUGAGUGUGAUAUUAGAUAGUACGGGUGGGCAUCGCUGACUGACCUCAUCCUCCCCCCGGCUCGCAGGACGCAGAGGCAGAGGAUCCUGACGAAGGGCGACAACAACGACGCGGACGACCUGGUGCUGUACCGCGGCAGGGAGCGGCUGGCGCGCGAUAACGUGAUCGGGACUGUGAGAGCGUACGUCGGGCUCGCUGUAUCGACUGCUGCCACGACUAACUACUCUGGCACAGGAUCCUCCCGCGGGUUGGAUACGUGUCGAUCUUAUUUGUGAGCGCGCCGGAUUCCCUGCACCAUGCGGCAAGUAGAUGUAGUAGUGCUGAUUGGUGUGCGUCCCAGAACGAAUGGCCGCGCCUGCGCGCCGCCGUAUUUGGCGUUUUAACAUUGUGGGGCGUGAUCUCAGGCCGUAGCUAGCUAGCUAGGUCGGGAGUCGAACCACCGCCCAGGCGAGAGAGAGAGCGAGAAAGGCUCGCCCGCAUUAAUGAAAUCGAAGGUGUCCAGGAUCAGCAUAAGCUAGGGCUCUACUGCUAACGCAAAGUAAAGUAAAGCCACGAGAAGGGGGGAGAA